GUCGUGCUCACGGGGCUGGGGAUUAUCCCCGUCUGGGCCAGUCGAUUCCUCCCGCAGCCGUUCGGAACGGAGCGCUGGGGCGGGCAGGAACAGCCCCGCGGGGGCUACCCCGGGGCCAGCGCUGACUCUUUCUCUCUACCGGUUGCGGCAAGCGGGGCCUCUGUUGUUUCCCAAGAAAACUUGAGAAUUAAAUGGCUCGUUCCACUUCUGAUGUCCUCCGUUACCUGUAACCAGCCGGUGACAUCUGUACUUGUGCGGCUGGGGCAGAGCUCCUCUGGUGCAAUGGGAACUAUGCCCUGAGGAGUGGUAAGAGUUGGCCAUAGCCAUGACAGAGCCCCACAGGGUUUCGUUCACCACUCUCCAUGGUCCACUGAGCAGCACCUUCCUGAAGAGGUCUCGGAAGGAUGAUGCGGAGCAGCCCCAGGACGUGGAGCCGGCUGCCACUGCCGUUCGGAUCACACUCACCCUCUUUGAGCCAGACCACAAACGUUGUCCUGAAUUUUUCUACCCGGAUCUUCUGAAGAGCUGUCGAGGGAAAAUAAAAGGUGGUUCUUCGGGAGACAAGAAGAAAGACCUGGCUGAUCCCUUUAAUGAUGACGAAAAGGAAAGGCAUAAAGUAGAGGCUCUGGCAAGGAAGUUUGAAGAAAAAUAUGGUGGCAAGAGACGCAGGAAGGACCGGAUUCAGGACUUGAUUGACAUGGGGUACGGAUAUGAUGAAUCCGACUCCUUCAUCGAUAACUCUGAAGCGUACGAUGAGCUUGUUCCAGCUUCGCUUACUACAAAGUAUGGAGGGUUUUACAUCAACUCAGGAACGCUGCAGUUUCGCCAAGCAUCUGAAUCUGAAGAUGACUAUGUUAAAGAGAAGAAGAAGAAGUGUCCCAAGAAGCGGAAGUUGAAAGACGGAGGUGAAAAAAUGAAGAAGAAAAAGAAAGAUGAUUCUUACGACAAGGAAAAGAAAUCCAAGAAAUCCAAGUUUCCCAAAGCUGGCUUUACGGCAUUAAAUGCUAGUAAGGAGAAGAAGAAAAAGAAAUACUCUGGAGCUCUUAGUGUCAAGGAGAUGCUGAAGAGGUUUCAGAAGGAGAAGGAUGCUCAGAAGAAAAAAGAUGAAGAGCAGAAAGUGGUGACUCCUUUACCAGCAGAACCCCCAGCCCCAAGGGAGGCAGAGGCGAUGGCCGACCCUUUGCUCUCACUCUUUGGCCAUGCCAGUGACAAUGACCUGCUUCAGGCAGCGACUGCUAUGGACUCCUUAACUGACCUCGACCUGGAGCGGCUCCUCAGUGAGUCCCCAGAAGGGAGCCCCUGUCCUGACGUGGAGGAUGGGAGCAAUCCUGCAGGGAUGGGUUUGGAGCAGGAUUUCAAGCAGCCACCCUCUCUCCCAGAUGGCCUCCCAGCCCCUUUGGAGAAACGCAUCAAAGAACUGGCUCAGGCUGCCAGAGCUGCUGAGGGAGAAGGCAGACAGAGAUUCUUCACUCAGGACAUCAACAACAUCAUAUUGGACAUCGAGCUGCAGACCCGGGAGCUGAACAGCCAGAUCCGGUCAGGGGUUUAUGCCCACCUGGCUGCUUUCUUCCCCUGCAGCAAGGACACUCUGGUCAAGCGCGCCCGUAAGCUUUACCUCUAUGAGCAGGGUGGUCGGUUGAAGGAACCUCUGCAGAAGCUAAAGGAAGCCAUUGGAAGGGCCAUGCCAGAGCAGAUGGCAAAGUACCAGGAGGAAUGCCAAGCCCAUACUCAGGCCAAGUUUGCCAAAAUGCUGGAAGAAGAAAAGGACAAAGAGCAGCGAGACCGAGUUUGUUCUGAUGAUGAAGAGGAUGAAGAAAAGGGAGGAAAGCGUGCUGCAGGACCACGAAAGAGGUUUCAAUGGAAUGAUGAAAUCAGGGAGCUGCUUUGCCACUUGGUGAAGAUUAAGUUGGAUGGUUAUGACCUUGACAAGAAUAAGGCUCAGUCUCUAGAGGAUUAUGUGAAGACCUUCCUAGAUGGAGAGGUGAAGCCCCUUUGGCCAAAAGGCUGGAUGCAGGCCAGGACACUGUUUAAGGAGAGCAGGCGUGUACAUGGACACCUCACAUCAGUCCUGUCGAAGAAGAAAGUUAUAGCUUCUACUAAAGUGAAAGUGAAGGAAUCUUCCUGCAAACCAGAUAAAAAGAUGUCACUUUCUGUUCCUUUGAUGCACUCAAGCAACACCUUAGCUCUGUCUUCAGAGCCCCAGGGGGGAGCUUCGGGCAUCAGUGCCCAAACCAGAGAACUUUUGUCCCUUGGGACAGCCCAGGCAGCCAGCAGCACUGGCACUCCCGCUACCUUCAUGGAUGACUCCUUGGAUGAGGACUUAAUUCAUAAUCCCACUUCCUCGCUUGAAGCAGUCUCUAAGGAACUGGCUGUGCUGAACAGCAGAGCAGGAGGGAGUCCUGACUUUACUCUUCCUGGGGCUCUAAAAGCUCCACCAGAAAAGAUCCCAUCCUCAGAGGAGAAGAGGACGUUUUCAAAGUCCAACCCUUCCCCUACAUCAUCCUCUGGUUCCCUUCAGUCUCCUCUAAACUUCCUGGCUGAGCAGGCCCUGGCAUUGGGCCAGUCUUCUCAAGACAAAAAGACAGAGAACUCUAAUUACAAAGAGCUCUCCUGCCAAGCCUCCCCCAGCAAAAUCCUUCCUGAUGCACACCAGGCUAAACAGAAACACCACAGUCUGGUCCGGCCAGGCCACGGCCCUCAGACUUCUGCGCCAGUGCCGGCUUCUCAGGUGAAGGUCUUUCACUCAGGCAGCCAGGUACAGAAAACAUUCACCUCCCCAGCUCCAUUUGUCAAACUGCAGAAUCCCAAGUCCUCCUCCCCACUGCCCCAGCGCUCUCUCCUCCAACAGGUCAAGUCAUCAACCAAAGCUCAGAGCUUCCAUUCCUCUGCAUCACCAGGCAGCACCCAAAACUCAAGCAACUCCCACAAGAGCCCAGGUUCAUCAUCAUCACCUCUCAGCUACACAGGAAAGCACUCAAGUGGCUCUAGCUCGUCAGGACAAUCUUACAAAUCACCUUUCGUUUCUGGUUCUCUCUCCAAGCAUGGAGCUUCUUCUAGCAGCUCCUCAUCUGGAGCUUCUGCAAACCAGGGCUGCUCCUCUGGGAGCUUGCUGCACAGCGUGCAGACACCCUCCUCGGGCCAGGCGUCCAGCCGCCCGUCCUCAAGCUCCUCGGUGAAGAAGACACCUGUUUCACAGAAGCUGACUCUGGUGGCACCUCCGGGAGGUUCAAACGGAGAUUCUAGUGGGGGCACUCAAGGGGUGGCCAAGUUGCUGACCUCCUCCCUCAAGCCAGCUGUCGUUAGCAGCACCGCAUCUUCUACCUCUGUGCCGAAAGGAACUAGUGGAGCUGUGCUGCUAACAAGUUCUUCCUCCUUAAGUGUACUGGCUCCAUCCUACAAGUCCAGCAAUCCAAAGCUGCCAGCUGCCCUGAGCUCCACGCCGUUAGGUAUUAUCUCUCCUAUUCAUUCCUUCCCUCUUCAUGUCAUCUCCUUCAGUUCAGACUCCUCCCCAAAAGCAGGAGUAUCAAAAGAUGCAAUAGUUACAGGACCUGCUCCAGGAACUUUUCACCAUGGCCUUGGCCACAGUCUUCUAGCUGGCUUGCACUCCAGCCCCCACCAUGCCGCGCCACUCCCACACUCUGCCCUGUCCACUCAUAUACCGCAGAGCUUGCCAGAUGCUUCUCAGCUUCAUGGCAAAGGGUCCAAUGCUCAGCAGCGCAAAUUGUGAUGUCUGCAAGGAGCAUAGGAUACAGCAUGCAUAGGAUAAAGCCAAGAGGAACAGAUCAUGGACUUUAAAUACCGGCUGUGUCUUUGGGUUUUUUCCCUCCUUUCUUUUUCCCUUCAUGACAACUGGAGACUGAACCACAAUGAAGAGCUUGUUGGUGUGUUGGCUCAGAGGCACUCAGAGCUAAGCCCCACACAAUGGCCACCUUGCACCAUGCCCUAAUGAGAGAUGCAUUUUGUAGCACUGUUUUAUUGCUGCUGCCCUUCAUGCAUUCCCUGGCACUGGCAGGAGCUGGAACUCGCAGGGAGACGCGGGUGGCUCAGCUUCUUGCAGGGGAUUCUCACCCACCUCUGUCUGUACCUGCCAAGUACCUCCAAGUCCAGUUACCUCCUUGGUCUCCCAGUGGAGGGUAUGGAAAGUGCUUCUUUCUUCUGAUUUGGAUUUACUUGGAUAAUUCUAGCACUGCCAGUGCUUUCUGAAGACGUUUGAGGAACUGUUCAAUUGUACUAUAAAACACUGCUACAGUUCAAUGGAGAACUUACAUUUCUUGUGUGGUGAAUCUAACAAACCACCUGAUGUUCAUGGAAGACUCUUUAGAGAGACAUUUUUAGAUGCAGUCAUUGACUCUGAGAAUUCUCCUUUUGGGUUUUGGAUUUUUUUCCUCCAAAGGAAUGCUUUUUUCCUGCUUAGUUCUAUCCUCAUUACCAUCGAAUGCAUUGGAUUGAUUCGGACACUUCUCAGCAUGUCACGUGUAUAGGAAGACAUAAUUCCAGUGCCUUUUAUGGUGGAGCAAGAAUGGACUAGCGACACACAUUUCAGCCCUAUUUUGUGUGCUCCUUAACCCUUUUUUAAUCAUUCUGUAUUUAAAAUGUAUUCUGUUUAUUUAAUAGAGCUUUUUAUGGUUGCACAUCAAAAAAAGAAAAAAAAAAAAACCAAGCUGCACUGUCUGGACUUCAGUGGUGUCCUGGUGCCUGUGAACACAGCACCAAACUCAGCAAGAGCACCAGUUUGUAGCUGAGGACGUGCAGGUGGGUUCCAGACCCUCCCUUAAAGCCAUUCUUUCCUAGGGUCGCCAGUUAGGAUAUCUUUGGUGGGCAGAGGGAAUGAUCUAUAUUAACCAAGGUCAAGUGAAUUCCAGAGAAUAAUACUGCUUUCCUUAAUGACUUCUGCACUAGGAUCAUGUGCUUGUUGCAGCUGCAGGAAUGGGACCUUCUAGAAUUGGGGGGUAUAUUGUCUUGUGAAUUUGUAACUUUCAGACCUGAAUACUUCUCCUUAGCACCCUUUCAGUCAGUGCACUAAGGGCAGGCUGUGGAUCCAGCGGAGCAAUGUGGGGUUUGAUUUUCUGCUCUCCUCCCAGUUUCCCUUUGCUCAGCCUCCCCAACCCCCAGCCACAUCUGAAUCGUGCAGUAGUAGUGCUGAUCCACAUGGACUUCACUGGUAUUUCAAGCAAAAGGUUGCAGCCUUCCUUUGGGAGCUUUGGGAAGGAUGCUGACAUGGAGUAUACCAGCAGAUCUUUAGUUUUCCCUGGUUUUGACUGUUUUCAGUUUGAGCUGAUAGAUAAUUCCCCAAGAUCAGUAAAUAGAAUAAGCAGCUCAGAUUUAAAAUCUGUUUACAGAAAAUACCUAGGUUGUAGCAAAAGAGCCAAAGACAGAACUAGAUAAUAAAACUAAGCACAGCAGUUAUUGAUGGACUCUGAGCAGUGGAUGUCGCAUGAUUCUUGCUGAAGGCCUGAUCCUGCUUCCCCUGGUAGCUGACAGAGUGCUCAGAUACCUACAGGAUAGGGACCCUCAGCAAGUGACUUGAGGUACUGGUUCUACUCCUCUUUGCUUUCACUUGACUGCUUCUGCUGGGAAGCACCAUGUGCGUGGCUAGAGCAGAAUGCCCUCCUUCUAGGAAUUUAGCGAAGCCUCUUGCCUCAGGGAAAUGUUUCUUUGGUGGAAUUUCUGUGGGAUAUUUUUUCUUUACAUGCUAUAAUGAAUGAGUGAAUGGGAUGGAGCAGAGUCAUGGCAAGGCAGAACUGUGCAGAGGCCCAGCAGUGGAUGGGAGCCAGGAUUCUGGCAUCUCUGCCUUGAGAGGCAACUUGCAAUGCUCCCGUGGCAUGUGCUUCAGACAGCAGCUCCUUUUGGGUGUAAGAGCUGCAGGUUACUAUGGUAUUUUUUAGUGUGUCGGGGACUGUCUUGCUGAAGAUGGUGGGGGUGGUAUGCAAACUGUUCAUCUUGUACAGAACAACUGAAUAAAUUGUUUCAAAGUUUCCAAAA